CAUGUAGAAUACUCCUCAUAUUUCAUGGGAGUUUUGCUGUGAAAAUAGAUAUGACAAAUAUAACUUUGGAAUUUUUAUAUUGUGAAUGAAAUAUCUGGAAUAACUUUUUUCAAGACAACUUAACAUGGAGGAAAGUUGGGGGAUUUCCUCGAGAACAUAUGAAAUAUAUUGCCCUACGUAAGCUCAACUACAUCCAUGACCAUCUUAGGAUGGUGAAAGACAGAGGCUCCAGAAGAAACCAGACAGCACUAAAUAUCAUCACAGAAUUAGGAGCUGAAAGUACUGCGCAUGGACUUUCUAAGGUAGCAACUUCUAUUAAAACCAAACGGAAAGUAAUGUGGGCCCUGCUGGUCAUUGUUGGAUUUACAGCCGCUACUCUUCAACUGUCACUUCUAGUCAAAAAAUAUUUACAGUUUUCUGUGGUGGAAGUGUCUGAAAUGAAAACUGGAAUGCCAGUUGAAUUUCCAGCUGUGACUAUCUGCAAUAUUCAGGCAAUAUCACUAACAAAAAUCAAACAUCAAAUGGAGAGAAGACAUUCAAAAGUUGUGGACUGGUUCAAAUUUCAACAGUGUUCUCGGUUUGGUGAACAACAAAUUAGAAUGGAGUCAACCCAAGCAUUUUUUGAAAAUCUAAAUAGUGAAGCUAUGGCAUCAGGUCAUGAUAUCAAUGAUAUUCUCUUGCAUUGUCGCUUUAAUCAACACAAAUGCAAUGCAAGCAAAUUCACACAUUUUUUUGAUGGACAGAACUACUUUAACUGUUACACUUUCAACAGUAAACGACUUGCUGAAAAGAUUUUAAUUCAAGCCACUGGACCAGAGUAUGGUUUAUCUGUGGUAAUUGCUCUUGAUAAUGAUGACCCACCAUUGGGAGCAUAUGGACUGUAUGAUAUAAACAAUAACAUCGCUCACAGUGCAGGAUUACGUGUUCAAGUGCAUGCUCCAAAUACAAUGCCUAGUCCUGUGGAUCAUGGUUUUGACAUUCCACCUGGAUUUUCCUCUUCUGUAGGAUUAAAAGCUGUGAUAAACACUCGAUUACCAUAUCCAUACGGAAACUGUACAAACGAACUUUUAUAUAAGGACAGUCACUAUAGCAACACAAUCUUUGCUUGUUUACAGUUAUGUAAGCAGGAAAAAGUUAUUGAAAAGUGUAAGUGCAAGUCAUCUGGCUUACCUGAUCUACAAAAUCGUAAUUUAUCUUAUUGUGGAUCAAUGAAAAACUGGAGAGAAAUUUUUGAGAAAAUGGACUGUGAAGACAUAGGAGGCCAUGAUGGCGCUACCAAGCAAAGAAAAAAUUACUUCUUGCUUCCAGAUUUGAAAUGUGAACAAGAUAUGCUCAGACAACUGGCAAAUGAUCGAAGUUAUGAAGCAGACUGCGGCUGCUACCAACCAUGUCAGGAAACAACCUAUCAGAAAGCCCUGUCACUAUCAUAUUGGCCUUUAGAAUUUUUUCAGCAAAAUGCACUAGCCAAAUUUUACAAUAAAACUCAGCUAGAAAAUACAUUUUUGAAAGAAGCGUACAAUUAUCUUCGUGACCAUGUCACACAAUAUGAGGAACUGUACAACGAUCCAGAAGCACAUGCUGAAAAAUUAUACCAUACAAACAUUAACUUGACAGAGCGUCAAAGACUUAUACGAGCAUCAACUCUUAUACAUCAAAACUUAAUACGUCUAAAUAUCUACUUGGAAGAUUUAAAUGUGGUAGAAUUUAAACAAAGUGCAGCAUAUGAAAUAGAGGAUUUAUUUGCCGAUAUAGGUGGAACAUUAGGAUUAUGGAUGGGCAUUUCAGUAUUGACAAUCAUGGAAUUAAUUGAGUUGGUGAUACAAUUAGUAAUACUGCUUUUUAAUUCAGAGAAGAAAAUUCCACAACAUAAUGACCCUGUUCCAAAUGGUCCUUUCAAUGGACUGAUGGACCAAAAUGAUCAUUAUGACCCCUAUAACAAAAGGUCAGAUUUUGAAAGUUUUGACAAAGCUGAGUAUUUCAAACCAAUGUCGGAUUUACCUGAGGAUUCACCUGUAUGACAUCAUCUAGGCUGACCAACAGCUUAAAUUGAACUGAACUUAACUGGUCAUCUCAGUUGACCAUCAGCUUGAACUGAACUUUGAACUAUUCUGGUAACACCUUAAAACAAGUUCAAACAAUGCUGAUUUUCAUUGUGAAUCAGGAAAAAGUAAACCACCUAUUUCUUAGUUUCUGACAACGAAUUCAGUACUGCAUUGAAUUCAGAAAUAAAGAAUUUGAUUGGAAGUUAAGCAUCCAGAUCGUCAUUGUAAGAAUGUGAACAUCAGAAACUGAAAUCUAAGAGAUGAAAGGGAAUGACAUAUUAUUUGUAUGAGUGAAUAUAUUAACCUAACAAAAGCAUCUUUCAUUUGAAAGUCAGAAAAUAUGAAAGAAUUAAGUAAAUUUCAUCAAUUCAUUUCACAUUUUGUAAAUGAGUUAACAUCCCUUAUUAUUCAUUAUGUAAAUCUUGUCCAGUUCUUAAUUAUUCUUGUUUCAGUUUUUUAUUUAAGCCUUUUUAGCGGGUUUAACCAUACAAUUCAUUGGUUAUUUGAGUUUAUAGAUGUUUUAAAGUCAAAUUACUUCAGUUAUAGAUUAUUAUUGAUUUAAUAGGUUCUGUAAGUGUUCAAAGGGAAAUAACUCAAAUAUUUAUCACAGAUGUAAGAAAAUUUCUGAUGCUGGUUCAUAUAAAAAAAAUAAUAUGCAUCAAAAUUAUUCAGUAUUUCUCGACAUUAUAAGUUUUCAUUAACUAUACAAAAAAAAUCCUUAUAGCCCUUUUUUCCACAGGUCAAAUGAAAAUAGUUAAAGAAAUGAUUUUUUUUUAUUUAUUCAUUAUUUUCAAGUUCUAUAAAUUCUAUUUAGAAUAACACCCUUAUUAAAGGUGCAAUAAAGUCUAAUCUUCAGUCUAAGCAAUAAAUGUCAUCAAUAGACAAAUGCUUUACUGAAACUGUAAAGUGGUUCAUUCUAAAAUGCUAAGUUUGCCAUUUAAUAGCAAUAUUUGCUGAAGAAUAAUGAUUGGAGCCAGUAGAGGGUCUGCCUUUUAUAAAUAAACACUUAUUGGGUAACAAUUUUAGAAGUUAUCAGGGUAUUUCAUUCUAGCAUAAAACAGUUCAUAGUCAUAAGUGAUAUUGAUUUUUCGUAUAGAAUUAUGUCAAGUUAUUCAAUGCAACCCACCUAAUAGUAUUGGUAUAUAUGCAUGUCAAGUUCAUUACCAAACUCAAAGGGGUUUGAAAAUAAGAGAGUUGAAUUAUUUAUGAGAGAUGGAUGAACAAACAAGUUGAUAACUUACUAUAUAUUGUAGAUCUAUUAAUCCCAGUAGCCCAUGCAAGGUUAAUCAAGCUGUUUGGGAUAACUGUGAAUUUUUAUAAAGUAUGGCUAAUCAGCCCGUGUGGAUUUUACUUUUUCCACCUGCCCACA